GAUUGGAUCUGAUAUUUUUAAAAGGUCAUUUAUUCGGUCAAAGCUCCACAAACUAAAAUCACCAGUCCUCUCUCUCUCACUCGGCGACUCACUAGAACCCUAGUCGCAGCCUCUUCUUCAUCGACGCAAGUUCAUCCUCGUCGCCAAGCUCUGCUCCAACAAUUCCAUGGCGUCAAGGACGAAGAGGAAGACCAUUCGGCCACCUGCUUCAUCAUCUCUUCCGGGUUCCUCGUCUCAGCCGCAAUCUACACCCGAAAUUUCAAGGUUUGAAUUCGCUAUUAAUCCUCGAAUUUUCUUUCAAAAGAAGGAAGCUUUUGAUUUCUUUCAUGAUAGUGUUCUUCCUCGCAAAAUCAUAACCCCUCGAUUUGUUGAUCUUGUUGAUUUUGAGCGAGAUAAUUCUUAUGAACAGGGGAAGUACAUCUUGACAUACAUGAACUUGUGCCGGGCAAAGAAAAACUCUCAACCGUACCUCAUGCUUCUCACCUAUCUUUUGAAAAGGAAGGGAUUUGAAUUUGUGGAUGCCGAGAUGGAGAGUGAAACUCCUUUUUGGAAGAUCAAGAGGAUGUUGGUCAAGAGUGGAGAGCAAUGGGAAACACCAUCCUUGGAAGCACUCGCACCUUACAUGCCUCAGGGUUCUUCUUCUCAUGCCGCUCCUUCUGAUGUUGAUGGUGAUGCAGACGAUGAGGAUGAUGACGAGAAGGAUGCUGUUGAACAAGACAAUGCGACCAUGGAUGAGGAAUGAGUGGAUUGGGAACUAAUUUUCUAGCAUUAACUAUGUUAACUUAUGCCUUACUUAUUGACUCUAUCUUUUGCAUAACCCCUUGUGUUUUUUAUUAUGACUUUGACAUUUUCUGUGAUUUUACCUUCCCUUUUUUGCUUAUGACAAAAGGGGGAAGUGUGGGUAUUGCUUAUGCUUGGU